AUGACCGCCGCUGACACAUCUUUCUCGAGAACUAAGCUGCCGAAUUCAAUGACGACCUCCACGACGUCAUCCCACCCAAACUCCACGAUAUCGUCCGCCACGAGCACCACGACUAAAGACAUAACUCCGCAACUUUUCCCGGGCGCCAACCAACCAGACCCGGCGCGUAUGCGAAACGAAAGCGUAUUUAACUAUUACUUCUUAUUCCUGGCCGUGUUUGGCGUGGCGGUGGCGGUCUUCCUUUGGUGGCUACAUCGACGGAGAAAGCGGCGGAAAGAGCAGAUGCGGUUGAGCGGACAGAACGCGCUAGCCAGAGACCUCGACGGGUGGAUCAACACUCGGAGGUGGUUCCAUGGCGCAUGGAGACAUAAUCAGACGACAGCAUUUGUUCGACGGGAGGAGGGGCUCAACGAGCAUGGGGAAGCCCCGCCGCCUUAUCAGCCCAAGAGCGACGUUACAGCGGCACAUGAUGGAAUAGCACAGGAUCCUGCGACUCGUUUAGCAAUACCACUCAGGACACUUUCAAGAGACGAGAUAGAGCAGAGCCGGCCUCCAGAAUACCGUGAGACGAUCAGCCGCGGAGGUCCUUCCAGCACCAGACCGGAUACCGCGACCACUCGAACAACGCGACCCGAUACUGCUGACGUACAAUCCGGUUCUUCGACAUAA